AUGAGGCGAGCUAGCGAGGCUCCAAGCGCAUUGCGAGAGCGUGGGUGGGACCGGAAGGUGUGGGACGAGGCCGACAGCACCAGGGAACUGGCUCGCUGCGUCCACGAGAUUUACCACAAGGAAGAACUCAGGGAGAAGGUGAUGGCUGCGGCCAAAGGAGAGGGAGACGGCCUACAGUUUGACAAGGACGACCAGAUUGCCAUGAACUUCGUCGCGGCGGCCAGCAACCUACGAAGCCGGGUAUUCCAGAUCCCUGUGCAGAGCUCGUACGAGGCGAAGGGUGUUGCGGGGAACAUCAUCCCAGCCAUCGCCACCACCAACGCCAUCAUCGCGGGACUGCAGGUUAUGGAGGCGUUGAAGAUCCUCAAGGGAGGAGUUGCCAUCGGCGAGGCGUGCCGUUACACGUACUGCCUGCGAGAGCCCACCCGGAAAGGUCUGUACUUGCUGCCGACCCCGCUGGAGAAACCUGCCAAGAGCUGCUUCGUGUGCAACACCAGCACGCUGGAGCUGUGCCUGGACACGGAGACCCUUACCCUUGCAGAUCUCGUGGAGAGAGUACUGAAGCAAAGGCUGGGGGUGAACGAGCCCACCGUCGGACUCGGUGCGACUACGCUGUACGAGGAGGGAGACGGGGCGGACGACCGUCUGGUGGUCAACCUCACCAAGCUGCUCAAGGAUCUCCCUGGAGGAGGCAUCAAGGACGAUACCGCGGUAGAGGUGGAGGACUUCUCACAGGACCUCACGGUCAAGCUCAACAUCUUCCACAAGACCUUCGACGAGGAGGAGGAACGCGGUAGGCAAGGACGAGUGACGGACGGAGACCGGAAUCAGUCACCCUUGAUCCACGUGAAGCAAGUGACAGACUGGCCUGUGGUGCUUGGAGAAGGUGCCUGA